AUGGGUUCGGGAAAGACUUUUAAUUUAAUACGUCAUAUUUUAAUUACUGAACGGUUAGGCUCUGAACACGCUAAAGGCGUGUUGAGCUCCGAAGGAGCGAAUUCAUAUUAUGACCAAAUCAUUAUAUCAGCAACUUCAGAUUCAAUGGAUUCAACAGCGAAGACGUUUAUGAGUAAAGUUCAGGCAUCUGUUGUGAAGGUUCCAGAUAGCGAAUUAAUUUCUUUUCUUCAACGUUAUAUAAGAAGAAAGAAGAAAUAUUAUGCAAUAGUUGAAUUUAUACAAUCAGGAAUGCAAAAGACCUCGGAAGAAAUGGAAAGAAUUAUUGAUAAACAUCAUUUGAGACAGCAGGAUGGUACGUAUGAUAUGAAACGAUUGACAAACUACAUUCUCUCAAAACUUUCAAAAUAUCCUUUUAAAAAAUAUCCAUCAAACACUUUAUUAGUUUGUGAUGAUUUCGCUGGUAAAGGUUUAGUUUCAAAACCAGAUUCACCAUUAGCUAAUUUAAUUACUAAAGUCAGACAUUAUCACAUGACUGUAGCAAUACUUAUGCAGAC